CGGGUUUGGUGCAAGAGGACAGAGGCUGAAUCGUUGGACAAUUCAAAAUUACUAAACUACCCGGUCAAUGUUCCACCGACUUUUACGAAACAAGCUGAAGAAAUUGUAUAGUUCUAGACCACCUGCGUUUUCAUGGCGGCGGAGAAAGCGAGAGUUGUAUGCGUUACAGGUGCGGGAGGCUUUGUAGGGUCGUGGUUAGUGAAGCAUUUACUCUCCAAAAACUACACCGUUCAUGGCACCGUUAGAAACCCUAUGGACGAGAAAUAUGGUCAUUUAAAGAAGCUGGAGAAAGCAUCUGAGAAGUUGAAGCUUUUUAAAGCAGACCUUUUGGAUUACGAGUCGAUUCGUGCUGCUAUUGCUGGAUGUGAUGGUGUGUUUCAUACUGCAAGUCCUCUUCCACCUACUUCUGUACCAGACCCUGAGGUAGAACUGAUUAAGCCAGCUGUUGAUGGUACACUCAACGUGCUUAAAGCAUGCUGUGAAGUGAACGUUAAGAAAGUUGUGUAUGUGUCUUCUGUAGCUGCUGUUGCGAUCAUACCUAAUCGACCCCAGGAUCGGCCAUUGGAUGAGACUUUUUGGUCUGACCAAGAAUUCUGCAGAUCAAUUAAUGAGUGGUAUUGUCUUUCUAAGACAAAAGCCGAAAGUGAGGCUUGGGAAUUCUCAAAAAAGAAUGGUAUUGAUUUUUUGUCCGUGUGCCCAACUCAUAUUUUUGGGCCUAUGCUUCAGAAGACAGUAAAUUUUAGUAGCUUGGUUCUUAUUAAGCAUCUUAAAGAAGGAUAUGAAGAAGUAGAGAAUAUGUUGCGGAUGAUUGUAGACGUGCGUGAUCUAGCGGAAGCACUGAUUUUAGUAUACGAGAAACCCGAGGCCAAUGGAAGAUACAUAUGUGUAUCUCAUCAGAUUAGGGUAAAGGAUCUAAUAGAAAUUUUGAAGAAGCAUUAUCCUGACUACAACUAUCCAAAGAAAUUUAUCGAGUCGAAAGAUAAGUCUUCGGUUACUGCUCAGAAACUACAGGAUCUGGGUUGGAGUUACAGACCACUUGAAGAAACGCUUGUUGACUCGGUUGAGAAUUACGCCCAAAACGGUCUUCUUGGUUAGGAUUAAAACUGGUCCUUUUCAUGAAGUUGGUAUGUACUUUUAUUCGUACUUGUAUUAUGAGUUCUGUAUUAAGUUAAAACUAGAAUUGCGACCCGCCGCAAUGCGGCGGGGAUUCUUUAGUUA